ACGCACGCGAAUGGCCAACUACGAAAUAUGUAGGUUGCUAGUAAAUGGAGGAUCAGUCUUCGGGUUCAACCUACAAAAUAUAGCCUACUUGACAAUCAUCACAUACUUCGUACAAAUGCUCUGCUAUGAAAGGCAUGCAGAAUGUGGGAUAGACUGUUCUUCUGGCCGAGAGGAUUGUUUGAGUUCUUUGUGCCAGAUGGAUUGGAUAGAUGAGAUUCACUGGAUAACCCUGUGCCCAUAGAAGGAUAGUGCAGUGUGUGGGUGGAGUGGACAAGGUUGCUUCAGGAAAAAAGUGUGAUUUUCAAUGAAUGCUCAUAGAGGACAGUGGUGACGAAGGUACAGAGAGAAGAACUGUGAAGAACGCUAACAGUCAGGAUUAUUCUCUGCCACUGCAAUCAACAGACAUAUUUGGCAUGGAACAUGACCAUUCGAUGGAAAGUGACGGAAACUUCAGAAACCUUCAAAGCAGUAUAAAGAUGAUUCCGAUUACUUCCAGACCUAUCUUAUGAUGGCUAUUUCAUUUCAACACCGUUUAAAACCUAUUGAAGAUGCCUCUGGGGAAGGAAUUCAGGAAGAAAGCAGAGGACAUCACAGCAGUGUAUGAUCUGAGAGAGAAGCUAGGAGAGGGAUCAUUCUCUGAGGUGCGCGUGGCUCAGCACCGCCGCACCCUGAAACUUGUAGCAGUCAAGUGUAUCCGCAAGAGGGCGUUAAAGGGCAAAGAAGCCAUGUUGGAGAAUGAGAUAGCAGUGCUACGCAGAAUCAACCAUCCCAACAUUGUGGCAUUGGAGGAGACCUUCGAGACAUCUACAAAGCUUUAUCUGGUUAUGACUCUUGUUACAGGAGGUGAGUUGCUGGACCGUAUUCUGGAGAAGGGGAGUUACACUGAGAGGGAUGCCAGCCGUGUCAUACAACAGCUUCUGGAGGCAGUCCAAUACCUCCACCAGCUGGGCAUCGUGCACAGGGACCUGAAGCCUGAGAACCUACUGUAUCAGACUCCGUCGGAAGAUUCCAAGAUUGUCAUCAGUGACUUUGGCCUGUCCAAGAUGGAGGAGCAGGGGAUGCUCACCACAGCAUGUGGAACCCCUGCGUAUGUGGCACCAGAGCUUCUGCAGCAGAAAUCAUAUGGCAAAGAAGUGGAUCUGUGGGCUCUGGGGGUGAUCACCUAUAUACUACUCUGUGGCUACCCUCCGUUUUAUGACGAGAGUGAGUCACAUAUGUACAGGCAGAUCAUGAAGGCUGAAUAUGAGUUUGACUCCCCGUAUUGGGAUGAAAUCUCUAAUUCAGCAAAAGAUUUCAUUCCGCACAUGUUGCAGAAAGAACCAGAGGAGAGGUACAAUUGUGAGCAGGCCUUGAAGCAUCUUUGGAUAUCAGGAGGAGCCGCUCUGGAGAAGAACAUUCAUGGAUCAGUCAGUAAGCAGAUCCAGAAGAACUUUGCUAAGAGCCAGUGGAAGAGGGCGUUCAAUGCCACAAUGGUGGUGCGGCACCUCAGUAAGAAGAAUCUAGUAGUAGAGGAGGAGUCUAAGGAUAAGGCAGAGACCAAGGCUACACUGUAAGGUUGUGACCUUUAAUCCAUGGGUAGAAGAGAAUUUGCCCAGAAGAAUCCUGUGACAGACCAGUCAGAGUGGUCAUUUCGGCUCUCAAGCGUCUCUAUAUGUGAUAAAAAGCAAAUACAGUGUGAAACUUUCUUUCUGCCAGCAGAGAGCACUCUUAAUCAAGCUUAAGUUCUAUUUUUUGUUGUCUGUCAUCUAAACAUUGCUCAAACUCUGGUUGGGCCCCAUACACUUCAGCAAUAAGACUCAUUUGACUCAUCAAGUGUAAUUUUGUUGAUAAAUCCAUAUAGGCUUAGUAUCUGUUGACCAUGCAUGGAUGUAAACAUGUUUUCUUGAAUGUUAUUAAGUCUCUAUAGACCCUUGUAUUCUUCAACAAUAAAAAUGUUAGAAAACACGA